AUGGUCGUUAGCGAAAAAAAGAGUCAGUAUUCUGACUUGGUGCUCAUAGGUCAAGGCAGUUUUGGUUGUGUGUAUCGGGCGUUUAGUACAGCAACGCUGCAAUGGGUCGCACUAAAAGUUGUUGAUUUGGACUCCACGUCCGAUCAAGUGGAUGACAUUGUUCAGGAAAUUCGAUUUCUUAUUGAGCUGCGUUCGCCGUACAUUACACGCUACUAUGAGUCAUUCCUGGAGCAAGCAAAGCUCUGGAUCACUAUGGAGUAUUGCGAUGGAGGCAGUUGUGCAGACCUGUUGAAAAUGGCAGGUGCUGUUCCGGAAGAAGCCAUUGCGGAUGUGAUGAAGUCGGUGCUCCGCGCUUUGGCUUACCUGCACAAGCAGAGAAAGCUGCACCGUGACAUCAAGGCAGCCAACAUCCUGACGACUAGUGCUGGCGAAGUGAAACUUGCCGACUUUGGCGUAUCAGGCCAACUAGCCGGUUUUCGGGGCGAUGACAAGAACAAUGAUUUUGUCGGCACACCGUUUUGGAUGGCACCGGAGGUGAUCAAGCAAGUUGGUUACAACGAGAAGGCGGACAUUUGGUCUUUAGGCAUUACGGCCAUUGAGUUAGCACUUGGUGAGCCUCCAUAUGCAGAGAUUCAUCCGAUGAAGGUUCUGCUGCUCAUUCCGAAACAUAGUCCGCCCACGCUUCCCGAAGACCGUUUUUCCUCCGCAUUCCGCGACUUUGUUUCCCGGUGUCUCCGUCGCAAUCCCAAUGAUCGGGCCUCUGCAGAGGCACUGUUGAAACACAAGUUCCUGAAAAAGAGUAAAGACAACUCAGCGGUACGUGCACUAGUGUUCAGAUAUAAGUACUGGCAGCAACAGCAAAAACCGCAGGCCGCGGAAGAUGCCAAACAGCAAUCUGCGACUCCUGCAAAGGCUGCAGUGGAACAACCAAGCAGGGACGCUAGUCUCUGGGACUUUGGAUCUACCAGAAGGACAAGACGUUGA